CCGCUCUCACCUCGGCCCAUCAUCGUCGUAUGAGCUGAGUACCCGCAUGGCUGAACUGCGCUACCGCGAUUUCUCUGACGUUCGCGCGCUCUACAGCGCGCUUGAGAAGCUCAGCGACUUGGAAGACUCAAACGGACCCUUAGGGCCGGCCGUCGAACUUGUACAUCACGCUCUCAGGAAGCGUCCCUUCCGUGUCUUCGUCCAAGCGCCCCCGUCGGCCUUACCACUGGUUCAAUUCAUCACUACAGAAGCGGGAGUCGGUCUCACUACGGCACUCACGACAGUCUCUUGGAUGCUGUCUUUCAGUAGCCUUGGCGACCGUUCAGCGUUCUUCAGGGAUGAUCCAUCCUUCUGGCGUAACGUCUCCCGCUGGGUCAACUACAUGUCCCUGUUCAAUCACGACAUACGCCUCACCGCCAUGUCUCAUGAUCAGAGAGACGCGCUAUUUGACUCUAUGGAUGCAGUCGCUCGCUUCCUCAGCGUCGUAGCAUGUGCACUCGGCCCUUCCCUAUCAAAGGCAAUUAUCUUGUCUCCGGAGAACAUCAUACGAACGGCUGUCAACGCGUACUUCUCAUCGACGCAUCUCUACGCAUCCGGGAUGCAUGACCCUCUCCACCCUUCGCUCGCAUUCGAGUGUGCCUCGAUAUUGCCAUUCACCCUACGAAUUAUCACGUCAGAUGGAGAAAUGUAUCCCCAAGUCGCUUCAGAGAUUCUACGCCCUGUCUGGGGCGACCCACGCCAAGUAUACCACGUCGCUGCCAAACACAUCGCGAUGCUCCUAGAGCGCAAUAUUGAUGAUGAAACGGCGGUUCACCUGGACGCACAACUUGUCUUCAUCCGAAUUAUGGCACUGUAUCCGGACCUUCAGCCCGGCCCAUUUCCGCGACGCAUCAUUGGCGCACUUGUGACGGUCAUGCGUGAGCACCACGCCAAGGAUUGGAUGAAGGAAGAUGGCCUUUCCAAAGUUGCCUACGGGGUUCUGGCCGACUUGUGCGCGCUUGAUGCUCGUACAACCGUGCGCGCGUUGCGAAAGGGUGUCUUCGACGUCCUCGUUUGCAUCCGACAAAAUAAUCCUGGAUGCGACAUCGCCGAUCUCCUUCACUGCAUCAAGGCCUCCCUGGUUUUCCGCCGGGCAAUCCGGACCUUCGAGCAGGACAUACUACACUUGCCAACCACGCCUUCUUUGCCGUUAGAGCUGAGACAAGUAAUCUCUCUCGCGCGCGAUCGCCAGUGGGCCCGAAAACUUGCGGACAGAGUUUGGCAGCGAGUGGCGAAAUGCUGCAAUGCGCAGAGUACGAGCCCGGCCGACGCGCCUCUCCGCGCUUGUCCUUGCGCAGAGGCCCUAUAUUGCUCGAGGUCUUGUCAAAGAUACCACUGGCUGGAAGGCGGCCAUCGAGCCGCCUGUCCGCGCGCUGAUAAUGGCACCGGAGCUUCCAUGUCCGCCCGUGACGUGCACUUCAUCUCUCAACUCGUCAGUCAGUAUAUCGAAGAGGAAUUCUCUGGUAUAGUCAAAGACGACCGCUGCGCAUAUGUCUCCAUGGUGUUGGAUGACUGUCAACCUGACGUAGAGAGCUUGCGCCUGAAGGACGGGGGUCCACAGGAUCCACGGAUUGUUGUCGACGUCGACGUUCUCUACAGCGGUUGGCGCACUCUCAGUCUUUUGAUUCGCCCAAGGAAGGCGCAGGGCCGAGAGCGCUUCCGCCUUCUGACUCAUGGCUACAGUGCGCAAUGGGAGAUUUUCGAUAAUUGAACCAUGCAUAUUCAGGUUGACGUCGCAUAUGGCAAAGUGGCAGUUACGCAACAAGUAUGUUAUGACUGCUGUGAUGCGCUUACAGUACUGUCCGUCAUGUCUGAGUCGCUGCUUUCGAUAUGCCGAACGGACCAGAUGAGUCGGACUGCAUUGGGUCAGAUAGAUUGCAAGAGUAAUCGAGAUAUAAGAAGUACAUUGUACAAUAAUUGUUGAUUGUUCGGGGAAGCUC